UUUUUUUUAUUUUUUAUUUUAUUUUAUAGAGCAAUCAAUAGGUUUUGCAACUCAGAAUCUUGCUUUGUGUUAUUGGCCAGAUUGUGCUUCAAACGUGAAACAUAAGGCAAAAUCGCAUGGUUUUGCACUCUGGAUCCUUUGUAAAGUUCAAACAUGUCAGGGAAUAAGCAGACGGAUAUAAGGAAGUGGUUUAUGAAAUCCCAUGACAAGGGCAAUGGCAAGGAAUCCAAGCUUGCAAAUCCUGCCCCAACCAAUAAAUCACAGCCAGAAGAACCGGCUCAUGCAAGCCAAGAAAGUUCAGACAGAAGGAAAACUAGCAAGUAUCUUGUUACUGACAAACAAAAGCCAAAAGAUGAAAAGGAGACACAGGAACUUCCAACAAAACGAAAGGCUCAAAAGCAUAAUGAUGAAUCAGUUAAACCACCACCUGUUAAAAAACUUCACAUAGUUGAUGAUGAUGAUGAUGAUGACGACUUUAUCUUGUCUAGUUCUAGGAAGAAUUCAGUUGAUGUGACUUCUAGGAAGAAGUUGAAGAGUGGGUCAGGUAGGGGAAUUGCACAGAAACCUGUAGACAUUGAAGAAGGUGAUGAGGAUGAUGAUAAGGAUAUUGAUACUCAUCUUAAGUCUGGUGGAAUAGGUUCAUCAGCAGAACCAGCUAGUGGAAGAGGCAGAGGUAGUGGAUGGGGUUCAUUUAUUAACUUUGGAGAAAGGAAAGAUCCUCCACAUAAAGGGGAAAAGGUAGUCCCUGAGGGUGCUCCCAAUUGUUUAGCUGGUUUAACUUUUGUAAUUAGUGGAACACUUGACAGCCUGGAGCGUGAAGAAGCUGAAGAUUUGAUUAAACGCCAUGGUGGUCGUGUCACUGGAUCCAUCAGCAAGAAAACGAAUUAUCUUUUAUGUGAUGAAGAUAUUGGGGGUCGGAAAUCUUCUAAAGCUAAAGAGCUAGGCACUGCCUUUCUCACUGAGGAUGGAUUGUUUGAUAUGAUCCGUGCAUCAAAUCCUGCAAAAGCACCUGUACAAGAAGGAUCUAAGAGGCCAGUAGUGGAUAAGGUUGCACCUCUUCCAAAGAAAAGCCCACAGAAAAUAGAAGCAAAGAAAGAUAGCAUUGGCAACUCCUUGGCAGCAGCUGUAUCUGGAAAAGGCUUGAUCUCAGGGUUGUCCCCAGCUAAGCAUAAAACUCAAACCGUUGCAAUGAAUGCUUUGACAUGGACGGAAAAAUAUAGCCCAAAGGUUCUGAAAGAUAUUAUUGGAAAUGAGUCGCUGGUUGAUCGGCUUCGGAAGUGGUUGGCAAAUUGGAACGCUCAAUUUCUUGAUACUGGAAAUAAGAAAAAGAGCAAAAGACACCAAUCAAAAAAAGAAGAGGAGAAGGGCAAAAAACAAAUUAAUUCUGCUGCCAAAAAAGCGGUGCUAAUAAGUGGAACUCCUGGUAUAGGAAAAACUACCUCAGCAAAAUUGGUUAGUCAGAUGCUCGGUUUCCAAGCAAUAGAGGUAAAUGCUAGUGACAGUCGUGGGAAGGCUGACACCAGAAUUGAGAAAGGAAUUGCUGGAAGCAAUGCAAAUUCUAUAAAGGAACUUGUCAGCAAUGAGGCCCUAAGUGUCAACAUGGAUCGAUCAAAGCAUCCAAAAACUGUGCUGAUUAUGGACGAGGUUGAUGGGAUGUCUGCUGGAGAUAGGGGUGGAAUUGCUGACCUUAUUGCUAGCAUCAAGAUUUCCAAAAUUCCUAUUAUCUGCAUUUGUAAUGACCGAUACAGCCAGAAACUAAAAAGUCUUGUGAACUACUGUUUGCUUCUCGAAUUUAAGAAACCUGAGGAAUCGCAGAUGAUGGCAAAGAGAUUAAUGGAAGUUGCAAAUGCAGAAGGCCUUCAAGUUAAUCAGAUUGUUCUUAAGGAACUUGCAGAAAGAGUCAAUGGAGAUAUGCGUAUGGCACUAAACCAAUUGCAAUAUAUGAGCCUCUCCAUGUCAGUCAUUAAAUAUGAUGACAUUAGGCAGUGUCUUCAUAGCGGUGCAAAGGACCAAGACAUUUCACCUUUCACUGCUGUUGACAUCCUGUUUAGAUCCAAUGGGAAGUUGAGGAUGGAUGAGCAGAUCGACCUGAGCAUGAGUGAUCCUGAUCUAGUCCCUCUUCUUAUUCAGGAAAAUUAUAUUAAUUGUAGGCCAAGUUCGGUUGGUAAGGAUGACAAUGGAAUCAAAUGUAUGAGCUUGAUUGCUCGUGCUGCUGAAUCUAUUGGUGAUGGGGAUAUUAUCAAUGUACAGAUUCGACGAUAUAGACAGUGGCAGCUCUCUCAAAUUGGUUCCCUUGCAUCGUGUAUAAUUCCUGCUGCACUGUUGCAUGAGCAGAUGGAAACACGUAAACAGAGAAAGAAUAAUUUUAUUAGAUUUGGAGGAUGGCUGGGAAAGAACUCAACAACGGGAAAAAAUUUGAGGCUUUUGGAGGAUUUUCAUGUUCGUCUUCUUGCUUCUCGUGAAUGUAGUUUGGGGAGGGAAACCCUGCGAGUAGAAUACCUUACUCUCCUUACACUUGUUCUGAAACGAUUGACUGAGCCACUGCAGGAGCUGCCUAAGGAUGGAGCUGCUCAAAAAUUUGUUGAGUUUAUGAAUAUGUACUCAAUAAGUUGGGAGGAUUUCGAUACAAUUGUGGAGCUAUCAAAAUUUCAGGGGCAUCCAAAUCCGCUGGAUGGAAAACAGCGUGCUGUGAAGGCUACUCUCACCAAAGCUUACAAAGAAGGAAGAAAAACAAGAAUGGUACGAGCUGCAGAUUUAGUCAAGCUUCCUGGUGUGAAAAAAGCUCCUAAGAAGCGGAUUGCAGCAAUUUUAGAGCCAUCUGAUGAUGGAUUUGUUGAUGGUGGUGGUAGCACAUUGGCAGAAGGUGAAGAAGACAAUUCUUCAGAUAUGGAUGAGUUGGAAGGCCCUGCCAAUGUUGAGAAGCUACAAAUGGAACUUCAGAGUUUGAAUUCAAAAGGAAUGCAAGUGGAGUUCGAUAUGAAGGGCACAGGAAAGUCAAAGAAAACACCAGUUGGCAAAGGAAACGGUGGUUCUGGACCUUCGGAGAAGAAAGGUGCAUGGGGUUCAGUGGCUGGUGCCAAGAGAAGGAGAUGAGAAAUGAUGAAAGCAGAGGAUUUGGUAAUUUUGGCAAUGUUCAUAAUCAUUGUAACUUGGUUUUUCUUCCUUUUUUGGCUAAGUAAUUUGGAGAGAGAAGAAAAAUAGACUUUCCUCCUGUACACUGUUUUUGUAGGUAGAUGUGAGAGUUGUAGGAGGGUGUUCCUUGCUAAUAUUUCCUUUUUCCAAGGAAGGCUUUGGUAUCAUUGAUGUAAACACAUGGAUUAUUUCUUUUUGAGUACAUGACAGGGCUGGGAUUUGUGGUCCAUUCAAUGAUGCAUGAUCCUUAAACCAUCCCUCUAGCACCAACUCUCUUCUUCCUCAGCCAUCUCAACACCAUUGACACUCCAGACAUUUUAGGCUUGCAAUAGAUUGGUGCUGUUUCAUAAUUGUGGCCCAAUCCAAGAAGUUAACAUUUUGGGUGUGUUGCUUCUCUUUAUUUGGUUGAGGUUGUGGCAAAUGGCCGUGUGUUGCUUCUCUUUGUUUUGUUAAGGCUAUGGCAAAUGGAAUAGCAAAGAAGAAUACAAGAGCAUCCAUAGCUGGCCUCACAUUUCUGGGAGAAAGACUUUGUUGUUGUUGUUUGUUUUGGUUCCGGAACUUCGUGCAGCUGGUUUUUUUCUGCAGAGGAUACUGGGAGGGUACUGAAAUACAAUCCAACUAGUUACACAAGCAUUGGUUGAAAGGCAAGAAAGCAGGGACUUCAGAGGUAUUAGCAGUCCUCCCCGGAUUUCCCCGACAAUGUCAGGACAAGGGCUGGCCUCAUGGAGUAGUUGCCAAGUACAGCCUAAAGAGUAGGCUUUUACAAACAUUGGAGGACAAUCAGGGGAAGGUUGUCAAGGCAACAAGUGAAGUGGAAGAGAAGGAUGGGAAACUCUGGAUGGGGAGUGUUGAUGCCUUCCAUUGCAGUUUACAACUUGACUUGAAGC